AGUGCGUCUGGUGUCCCAGCUGUGCAGAAAACAAAACAAGACAAGCUGCGACUGCAGCAUGAUGGAUGAGCUGGUGCAGGACCUGGUGUCUGCUCUGGAGCAGACCUCAGAGCAGAACAAGCUGGGGGAGCUGUGGGAGGAAAUGGUCCUGAGUCCACUUCACCGGCGCCGGCAGAUCCGGCGUCGUAGAGGCCGCAAGCGCUAUCGUGAAUCUUCCCUCUAUCCGCUGGAGCACAGACGAUGCUGGAUUGAGGCCUCUGAGUCCAGUUUGGACGAGACUAAAGGAUACAGGGAGAACGCUUCCUCAACCAUCACUGCCGCUGUGGCCAACUGCAGCGACUCUGACGACGUGACUUCAACCAACCGAUGGCGCUCCGUCAUCAGAGGCCCCGUCAGGACUAGGCAGCCCUCCUGGCCAGAGUCUGACUCCUUCACCGAGAAUAACGCAGGUCGGCAUCUCAGGAGGCGGAGGAAGGUCAAACGCAUGACCGCAGACAUCACAGUUAGGUUGCAGCAGAAGUUAAAGGUUUCUGGUGUAGAUGGGAAACGGAGACACAGGCCGUCUAGGAUGCAGAAUCUGUCGGGAUCUAAGAAGAGGUCUGGCGGUUGCGUGGGAGCAGAACGACAAACUGAAGGAGCCAGGCUGAUGGGAAAGGAGUGCUGGAAGAGAAAGAUGGCCAAGGAACACAGAGAUGCUGCAGAUGAGAAGAUGUCUGAGGGGGAAACCAGCAGCACAUGCAGCAGUGACCCUGGUCUGUUCACCAAUGAUGAGGGAAGACAAGGCGAUGACGAGCAGAGUGACUGGUUCUUCGAGGGGGACUGUGGAGUCGGGAAGGGUGUGGCCGGCCUGCUGCCCAGCUGGGAGUCAGACGGCCAGCUUUCCCUCGAGGAUAACCGGCCUCCGCCUACCUUCCUGCAACCAGCACGGCCCUCCCAGAGAGGAUAUCGGUAUCGUUCACCCCUUAAGCGAGUGCCUGGCUCUGCUGCCUGCUGCAUUAGGAAGGACAGGAGGCGACUUCCAAGCAAGGGCAACGGCGUGCCAGUCUUUGUAGAAAGACUGAGACACUUCUCUCAAGAUCCUUACCAGAGAGACUUUUGGCUGCCUUCUGUUGGGAAACGAGAUCGAAGCCAGUUGAGCCCUUUGUGCCCAUUACCAGUGUGUCCUAUUGACAUGAUGUCAGAGAGCUCCCAUCUCAGAUGUUCCUCCUCAAUCUGCAGAAACAGGCAGACUAAUGUCUCCUGUGCAUACCAGCCCCGGAGUGACAUCAGGAGGAGGAGGACAACGGAAGCUGUGUCCGUCACAACAUCAGCUAGCAACCCAUUUCAUAAGGAUCACCGGAGAGAAGAGCCACAGGGAGCCAGUAACACCUCGACCCUGGAGACUGUGGGACCAUGUGCACCAGAAACUUUAAAGCCUUAUUGAAGAGAAGAAUCGCAUUUAGUAGAAUGAGAUUUGCCAAUUAACGAGAGCGUCUUGCUGUUUCCCUAUCUGUCAGUCUGUGUUUUGGUGCCAAGGACAUUGACAGGUAAGGAAGACGCAUCAGUUCAGAUACAGUUCCAUUAGUAGCAGGAGGGGAAACACCUCUCCUCCCUCUCUGGUAAUUAGCAGUCACCAUAAUGACAUCUCAGCCAGACUGUGUGCCCCAAAAUGUAUUUCCAAUGGCCAGGAAGUGGGGGAAUGGCUUCCGUGCAGCCAGUCAAUUGCCCUGUUACAGUUAAGGAAUCCAGCAGGCUGGUACCACUCAUAUUUCAUCCCAGGUAAAGAUUACCUGUCAGGCCCAUGGGAGAUGUAUUGAUCUGUUUUCCUUUUUCCGCCAGCAAUCACCUGACAAAGGCACCUAAGAGGCGAGUGAAUGAGUGAUGCCCGGUCUCCCUGCUUCAGCGUAGUGGCUUCUAGUGUCCACUGAUGGGUGGAGAGGUGAUGAGGAAGAGGAGAGAUAAUGCAGUCAUAAACUCUGUUUGAACCUCCUCUGUAUGCAUGCAGGGCAGCCCCUUGGCCCUCUGGGUCACAGGUCAGUGGGGGAAUUAGCUUUUUUUUUUGUGGCUCCUUUCUUGUCUGUAGCGUUUGUUCUGGCUGUUUAGUGUGUAGUGAUGAUAAAAAAAAAAAAACACAUGCAAAAGAGGCUCUCUGGUUCCUGCUGACAAAUGCAUGUUGCGAGUCACCGUAGUUCAACUCACUUUGGGUUUCAAAAGUGAUUCCUGUUUGAUCUGGGCACCCUUCUCACAAUGAAAUACAACCUUGUGUGGUCAGGGUUUCCUGUGAUUGUCAGUGUGGUGGCGCUACAUUAGCAAUGAUCAAUUUAUUUAACAUUAUCUCGUGUAUUUUGGCAGCUAAAAGUAUUUAUAUAUUUGCCUUGUUAAUGGAAUGUCAGACCUGAUAUUAUCCAUGAAUCCAUGUAUUGUAAGUGAUUGCACUGUAUAAAAUGUGUAUUAUUUAUGAUGUGAUGCAAUGAUAUAAUUAUAGGUCCAUUAAUUGAGGAUUUAGGUCUGAGGACAUUAAAUUCAUUAAAUCAAUUUCAUGAUAGAUUGUAGAGUAGAUAUGUUUCUCUAAUUUUUUUACUGUCGUAUUUUUUAAUUUAAUUUACAAGGAUUUAAAAAUAUCUCCAUGUUAUCAGGGCUCUUAGGCAGCUAUCCAUAUUUGAUACGUAGUACAAAUAGCAUCUUAUCUCAUAGGCUGUUAUCUUUACAUUUAACAGCAGUGGAGGCAUGCGUAAUUGCUUUGCAAAUGAUCUAAAGAGGAUUACUCCUCCCUUAGAAAGCCUGCACUGUGUCACUAGAUGUGAGAGAAACAUUACAAUGGCAACAUUUAAUCAAACCUGCAGUGCAGUGUUUAUGCAGUAGGUUUUCUAUGACAGUGUUAUGUCAAAAUAAGUGUCUGUAUGAAGUGAAUACUCUGCUAUGAAUAAACUAUGUAUGAACAUUAUUAUGGAUUAGAAGCUGUUAUAAGAAGUUGUAGUUCUACUCAUGUCAUUUGUGUAUUCAAAAUAAAAUCAAUGGGAUUUAGAAAAAAAAGAUGUAAUGUCAUGCCUUCAUGUCAUCUGUAAUGUUUUAAUCAUUCUUCCCUGUCAUCAGUAUUCAUAAUAAA